AUGAUUGCUACCGAUAUUGUACGCGGCUUGUUGAAUUUAAACGCUCGAUUAAAUUCAAUAAUUAAUGAUGCAAACUUGAAUGUUCAUUUAGAAGAUGUAUCCAAAUGUGAUUUUGAUUAUAACUGCGAAAAUAUUCUAACUACACAAUUUCAACAACAAGUGCAUUAUCUUCAACUAUCUAAUGAGGAUACAUGCAAAGGAAUUAACUUAUUAUUAACGAAGUGUAAUUUUGAACAGUUUCAUAAUCUAAAAUGUUUGACAGUAAUUGAACCAAAUGAUUCACUGGAUGCCAUUAUUACAUUGUUGCCCACUUUCAAACAAUUAAAGUUUCUCAAAUUAAAAGAAACCGUUCAUCGUUCUAGAGAUACAUUACAUUUAUUCAGUAUUGUUUUAUCAGAUAAAAUGCCAUCAUUAAAAAAUUGUAUGUUACUGUUUAAUGAACUGAUUGAUUUAAGUCAAUCGAGUUUAUCUAACAUAGAAUAUUUAACAUUAGAAAAUUGCCAUUUUCAUGAUUUAUUACAAUUGUUCAAUUAUACACCAAAAAUAAAAGCAUUAACUGUUGGAUUAACCUGUUUAGAACAUGAAAAUAGAGAUUGUACAAAUUUAUUCUCAAAAGUACCUAAUUUAAUAAAUAUAAAUUUUUGUAGAACUAUUGGUAUUUACUUUGAAUAUAUUGAAGAAUUAUUAAAAAAUUUACCACAAUUAAAAGAAUUAUCGUGCACUGCAUAUAAGCUUGAUUUUUCGAAUGCUGAAUGUUGGUACAAUGUUCUCAAAACACUACCAUUACUAGAAAAAUUUCACCUUAAUUUAAUGUUGACCAAUAUAACUAGAGUAGUAAAAGAAGAUAUAAUAUCAAAAUUUGACUACUAUUUUAUUGAUAAGUGGCCAAUGAUUUACGAACAUCAUACGAUCAAUGAAAAUAUUUUACAUAUUUAUACAAUUCCUUAUCCAUCAUCAGGGUUUCCAGCAUCAUCAUAUUCUUAUAUUUCAAAUAUAAAAAAUAGAACAAAUAAAACUUAUCAAAAUGUUGAACACGUGAAUUUAGUUAUCAAAAAUACUAGUCAAUUAACAUUAUCGAGUCAUUAUCCAAAUGUUUAUUCAUUAAGAAUAGAUUCAGAAGAAGAAUGGGGAGAA